CGGAGAGUUACGAUGAUGACUGAGUCAAUUUACCAUUUAACCCAUAAUGGGCAGAAUAAGAGAGAGGGGGAAUAGCCGUAGUUGUGAGAGUAAAUUGGUCUUUUUGGCGAUGGAUUUAUUUACCUCAGCGUAGCAAAAAGUGACCGAGUAAAGGUCGCGUGGGGACCAUCCGCCAUCACCAGCCUGUUGCGAUGCGUUUCAUUGGGCCUCGUGUUCAUUUGGCAUCCCGGUUUUACCCCCAUCAUCAAGUCGUCUUCGUCCCCCUCUUCUUUUUUUUCACUCGCUCCUAAUCAGGAGGGGAAGAAAUAGGCGAUAAGAGGGAUCACAGAGAUCUUCUCCGCUGUACUCGUCGCCAUGAAUUGCCCCUCCGUCGGCGGUGCUUGUUCUCGGUUACUGCUUUGUGUUCUCUCUGCUAUCGCCGUUGCUGUCUCUGCAUCGACCUCCUCUUCUUCUUUGCCUGCAACUCCGGGAUCUGAGUCCUCCGCUGUCACAUUGGCCGGCGCGUCCAAUUCUAGCGGGCAGAUUAACUCCAAUUCCGUCCUCGUCGCCCUUCUCGACUCCCACUACACUGAGCUGGCGGAGCUGGUGGAGAAGGCGCUCCUUCUCCCUUCCCUCGAGGCCGCCGUCGGAAGCCAUAAUCUCACCAUCUUCGCCCCUCGAAACGAGGCACUCGAGCGUGACCUGGACCCCGAGUUCAAGCGCUUCCUUCUGGAGCCUCGCAAUCUUCGCUCCCUGCAGACCCUGCUCCUCUACCACGUCGUCCCCGCCCGUAUCGCUUCUGGAGUCUGGUCUCAGACCCGCCAUGCCACUCUUGCCGGCGAUCACCUUCAUUUAGAGGAUAAUAAAGUGGGCCUUGCCGCCGUCGUGCACCCGGACGCGGUGAUUCGCCCCGAUGGUGUGAUCCAUGGAAUCGAGCGGCUGCUGGUGCCUAGAUCCGUGCAGGAGGACUUCAAUCGUCGGCGGAGCCUCGCUGCCAUUUCUGCUAUACUUCCUACCGGUGCGCCAGAGGUGGACCCGCGCACCCAUCGCCUAAAAAAGCCGGCGCCGCCGGUUCCGCCUGGUGCUCCACCCGUGCUUCCGAUCUACGACGCUCUGGCCCCUGGCCCUUCUCUGGCACCUGCACCCGCGCCGGGGCCCGGAUCUGGCAAGCAUUGGUUCGACGGGGAGAGCCAGGUGAAGGACUUCAUCCAGACUCUCCUCCUCUAUGGAGGCUACAACGAGUUCGCAGACAUCCUGGUUAACCUCACAUCGCUCGCUACGGAGAUGGGCCGGCUGGUGUCUGAGGGUUACGUGCUUACCGUGCUGGCGCCGAGCGACGAUGCGAUGGGGAGGCUGACGGCGGACCAGCUCAGCGAGCCCGGGGCACCGGAGGCCAUCAUGUACUACCACCUCAUCCCUGAGUACCAGACGGAGGAGAGCAUGUACAACGCCGUCCGACGGUUCGGAAAGGUGCGCUACGACACGCUGCGGCUGCCGCACAAGGUGGUAGCGCGUGAGGCUGACGGCUCCGUCAAAUUCGGCUCCGGUGGGGGUUCUGCCUACUUAUUUGACCCCGACAUCUACACCGACGGACGCAUCUCCGUACAGGGUAUCGACGCCGUCCUCUUUCCACCUGACGAGGAGGCGCCACCCGCCACUCCUCUCUCCCCUGCCGCCCGCAAGGCUGAGCUCGCCCAGGUCAAAUCCAAGUCCAAGCUCAAAGCCAAGCUCAGAAGAGGUAAAUUAUUAGAAAUGGGAUGCAAUUUGCUCGGGGUGUUGGGUCAGCGCUCUAAGUUUGCCACCUGCCAAUAGAUAGAGGAAUCAAAGAGGAUUGAUGGUGAGAAAAUGAUGCACACCUGCCCUGCUCCAUUCUUUAUAUAAUAAAAUUGUUGUUGCAUAGUGUUUGUAUUGUCGAUACUAGUCAUGACUGAGGUAUAAGAAUUUGUAUAGGAAAUGUUCAUCAUGUUUGUUUUGACACAAAGUCAAAUUCCAAAUAAUGGCCUCAAAAGUUUUAUUUUCUCGUUCA